AUGAUUUGCGGUUUUAAUUUUACAUCUAAAAGUUAUAAAACAUACGCUCAUUUUUACAAGAAUGUAGAGCUAAUUUAUGUUGACUUGUUUGUUCUUUCAUAAAUGCAUUAUUAAAUUAAUUUUGUAAAAUCAUUAAUCAUGUAUUGUGUCAUUGUUUGUUGCAAUAAUUAUACUUUACAGAUCCAAAAAAGGAAGAAAAUUUUCAACAAUCUAAGCUAAUUGAGCUUCUAGCAUCACUUCUUUCUGCAUGUGCCGUGCUUCGUUGAAGUUAUAUAGAUCGACGGCAGUAAACUGAGAAUCUGGGAAGACAAACAAGAAUGCUCGCAACAAAAAUCUUAUUAUCGGUAAUACUUCUUUCAUUCCUAGUAUGCUUUUGCUGUUCCACAUCCACAGACACCAUUACCUUCAACCAAACUCUCAAAGAUGGGGACUUGUUAAUCUCUAAAACGGAAUCUUUUGCGCUUGGUUUCUUCUCGCCGGAGAAUUCUCCGGGGAGUAAGUACGUCGGGAUUUGGUAUCAGCAAAUCCCGGGAAAGACAGUUGUUUGGGUUGCUAACAGAGACCGCCCCGUCACCGGAGAAUCCGGAAUCCUCUUCAUCGAUGAUUCCGGGAAUCUUGUGAUCCAGGACACGAGUACCAAUAUUUCUGUCUCUGUAACGAACCAGACUUCUCCGGCGACGGGAAUAAAAGGUUUUUCUGCUCGGCUACUGGACACCGGGAAUCUGGUUCUGUAUCAUGACCAGGAGAGUAAAUGGCAGAGCUUCGAUUAUCCGACGAAUACGUUACUGCCUUCCAUGAAACUCGGGGAGGACAAGAAAACCGGUCUAAACCGGAUUCUUCAGUCGUGGAAGUCGUCGAAUGAUCCGUCUAUGGGUCAGUAUGUUUUGGAGCUGGAUUUCACCGCGGCGGCGGCUCAGGUGUACCUGAAACGGAGUUGGGGCCAGAUAUGGAGAUCCGGGCCGUGGAACGGAGAUGGGCUUAGCGGCGUGCCGGAAACGGCCCAAAACGGCUUCAAUUUCAGUUACACAGAAAACGGAGACGAGGUCACUAUUACGUAUUCUCUCCGGGACCCGUCGGUGCCGUCCAUGUUCGUGUUGAAUGAAUCUGGGACGGUGAAUUGGCUGACGUGGCAAGGGAAUAAGGGAUGGGUGAGUUCAUGGUCGGCGCCGCAAGACCAGUGUGAUUCCUAUGGCCGUUGCGACGGUUUCAGUAAUUGCAACCCCGACAGCUCGUCGGGGGUGUUUGAGUGCUCGUGCCUUACCGGGUUUCAGCCGCUGUCGAAUCAAGAAUGGAAAGGGUGCGGGAGGAAUAAUACGAUAGAUGUGUGCCGGAACGGCGAGGGGUUCUGGAAGAUGACGGGGGUGAAGAUCCCGGACACUCAAACGGCGGUCGUGAACAGGACGGUUGGGCUAACAGAAUGUCAGAAUCUUUGUCUAAACAACUGUUCUUGCAAUGGAUACGCCAGCGCGAAUGUUAAGGGAGGAUUGGGGUGCUUUGUUUGGUAUGGUGAGUUGAAAGAUAUGAGGGAGGUCACUAAUGGCGGCCAAGAUAUGUUCCUUCGAGUCUCUGCGUCUGAUUUAGCUCAGCUUAAGAAGAAAUCAAAAAGGCAUAUUUCGAAAAUGGUCGAAAUCAUUUUGGUUGUAGCUGUUGCAGCAGUGGUGGCUCUUCUGGUCUGUUGUUUGAUUAUCAAAAUGAGAAAACGUAAGAGAAAACAAAAGAAUACUAGGGACCUGAACACCUGUUCACAAUCCUAUGAAGGGUCUUCAAUGGGGUUACUUGUAGAUGAAACUGGAUCCACAGAUGUGUCAAUCUUUGAUCUAAAAACCAUUCAAUUUGCCACUGAUAAUUUCUCUGCUGAUAACAAACUCGGCCAAGGCGGAUUCGGUUCUGUUUACAAGGGUAAGUUGCCCAAUGAACAACUAGUGGCUGUCAAAAGGCUGUCAAGAACAUCAGGGCAAGGGAUAGAGGAAUUCAAGAAUGAAGUUACACUAAUUGCAAGACUCCAACACAGAAAUCUUGUGAGGCUUUUAGGAUGUUGUGUUGAACAAGGAGAGAAGAUGCUGGUGUAUGAAUACAUGCCUAACAAAGCUCUGGACAACUUCAUAUAUGAUAAUACAAUGGGGAAGUCUUUAGAUUGGACAAAGCGGUUUGAAAUCAUCUUGGGAAUUGCUCGAGGGUUAUUAUAUCUUCACCGAGAUUCUAGACUAAGAAUCAUUCACAGGGAUCUGAAAGCCAGCAACGUUUUGUUAGAUGCCUCCAUGAAUCCGAAAAUAUCAGAUUUUGGAAUGGCUAAAAUUUUUGGAGGAGACCAAAACGAAGCGAACACAAAUCGAGUUGUUGGAACAUAUGGUUAUAUGUCACCAGAAUACGCAAUGGAAGGUCACUUCUCGGUGAAGUCUGAUGUCUUCAGUUUCGGUGUUUUGUUGUUGGAGAUUGUGAGUGGAAGGAAGAACAAAAGCCCAUUAAGACAAACCUCUCUGAAUUUAAUAGGAGAUGUGUGGGAUUUCUGGAGUGAAGGAAUGGCAUUGAACAUAGUUGAUCCAUCACUAGGGGAGUCAUACGAUGGUCGAAAAGUCUCGAGGUGCAUCCAUGUCGGGCUAUUGUGUGUCCAAGCAUCAGCAAAUGUCAGACCAACCAUGUCAGAAGUGGUAUUCAUGCUAUGUAACGAGACAAAACUCCCCCGUCCUAAUCAACCCGGAUUUAUUCUAUUAAGACAACAAGAUCAUUCUGCUGGACCCUCCUCUUCAAGCAAUGGUAGAAGCCAAUCUGUUAAUAGCAUGACAAUGACUGAAAUCGAUGCUCGUUAAAUAGUACUCGAUCUCAUGUUAUUAUAUUGUUCUUUCAAUCUUGUUCUGAUACACACUAUUCUUGUAAUUGUAAAUCAUGUACACUAUGAAAAUAUACAUGUUACCUUCAUCCUUU